UUAUGACUGGUGCUUGGCUGCGGGACAAACUUCCAGAGGCCUCGGCAUUUUUUCUGUUACACUUCAUUGGUCGGUUUCAGGUCGAGGAAAUGUGGCUCCAUUUUGAUGUGAAUCUGUCAAACGGAGCAGGAAUCAACGCCUGAGGACGACUAUCAGCGAUAACAAUCAUCCAAGACGUGUUUGAUGCUUCUGGAAAAUAGGAGCUCAGAGUUCUUGCCGUGGACAACAGAGCUAUGAUGCGCACCUGAAGACAUCUCGAUCACAUGGGCUCCUAUCCUGUGCUGACCCAAUGGUUUAAUCACCAGGACUCAAAAUGAGCAUAAGCAGUGAUGAGGUCAAUUUCCUGGUUUACAGAUACCUGCAAGAGUCAGGCUUCUCCCACUCAGCAUUCACCUUUGGCAUAGAGAGCCACAUCAGCCAGUCCAACAUCAAUGGAGCCCUGGUGCCCCCUGCUGCCCUCAUCUCCAUCAUCCAGAAGGGCCUGCAGUAUGUGGAGGCUGAAGUCAGCAUCAAUGAGGACGGGACAUUAUUCGACGGGCGGCCAAUCGAGUCACUGUCGCUGAUCGAUGCUGUGAUGCCAGAUGUAGUCCAGACCAGGCAGCAGGCCUACAGGGACAAGCUGGCCCAGCAGCAGCAGGCGGCUGCAGGAAGUUGCAGCAGCACAGGGCUGCAGGGAAGCACCAAGAACGGGGAGGGUGCUGCCAAUGGGGAGGAAAAUGGAUCCCACACCUUAGCCAAUCACCACUCAGAGAUGAUGGAGGUGGACAGAGAUGUGGAGAUCCCCCAGAGUAAAGCCAUGGUCCUGAGGGGCCAUGAAUCUGAAGUUUUUAUCUGUGCCUGGAACCCUGUGAACGACCUCCUCGCCUCCGGGUCUGGGGACUCGACAGCACGGAUCUGGAACCUUAGUGAGAACAGCACAGGCGGAUCCACUCAGUUGGUUCUCAGGCACUGCAUACGGGAAGGAGGCCAGGACGUACCCAGCAACAAAGACGUCACCUCACUGGACUGGAAUAGCGAGGGAACGUUGCUGGCUACAGGCUCAUAUGACGGCUUUGCUAGAAUAUGGACGAAAGACGGCAACCUGGCCAGUACUUUGGGUCAGCAUAAAGGUCCUAUAUUUGCACUCAAGUGGAAUAAGAAAGGAAACUUCAUCCUCAGUGCUGGUGUAGACAAGACCACGAUUAUUUGGGACGCCCACACGGGAGAGGCAAAGCAGCAGUUUCCUUUCCACUCGGCUCCUGCUCUGGACGUGGACUGGCAGAGCAACAACACGUUCGCCUCCUGCAGCACAGACAUGUGCAUCCAUGUGUGUAAGCUGGGUCAGGACAGACCUGUCAAGACCUUCCAGGGACACACGAAUGAAGUUAAUGCCAUCAAGUGGGAUCCCACUGGCAGCCUUUUGGCCUCCUGCUCAGAUGACAUGACAUUGAAGAUCUGGAGUAUGAAACAGGACUCGUGUGUUCAUGACCUCCAGGCCCACAGUAAAGAAAUCUACACCAUCAAGUGGAGCCCCACAGGUCCCGGGACCAACAACCCCAGCGCCAACCUCAUGCUUGCCAGUGCAUCAUUUGACUCAACGGUGCGUCUGUGGGACGUGGAGCGAGGGGUGUGUAUCCACACACUUACCCGCCAUCAGGAGCCUGUCUACAGUGUGGCCUUCAGCCCUGACGGCCGCCACCUCGCUAGCGGCUCAUUCGACAAGUGUGUCCACAUCUGGAACACUCAGACGGGUGCUUUAGUUCACAGCUAUCGGGGAACAGGAGGGAUCUUCGAGGUUUGCUGGAACGCAACAGGGGACAAAGUAGGAGCCAGUGCGUCAGAUGGAUCGGUGUGUGUAUUAGACCUGAGGAAAUGACACUCGACUGGGGGAGCCAUGGACCGACUACGAAUGUGUACAUAGCCAAAAUGACUGACUGUCCCUGCCUGUCCGCCACACUGCUGCAGUCCCAUCAGAGACCAUGGCCUGCUGUUAGAGCCAAAUGGAGCACCCAAUGUCCCCCUCCAUCCUCCCUCCAUUAUUACACAGGGGGACCACACCUUCACUACACACGGUUUAAAUGCAUGUGUCAGCCAUGCAACAGGUGUGUGUGUGUGUGUGUGUGUGUGUGUGUGUGUGGACAUGUGUCUCACUCUCAGAGUGCAGGGGAAACACAUCUCUGUUUUCACACUGUACAAACUCGAGGGACCCAUCACACACAAACCAAAACACCAGGACCCAUCCUGCUUUUCUCUUUUUAUCCUUUGUACCUGAAUUCUACACAUUAGUGUGUCUGUUGGUGUGUGCAUAUUGCAUAUGUCAGCAUCUGGUGUCCUGUGGACAUUUUUGUUUUGGAUUUGGAUUGAACUUAUCUCUGUGGGUUUUAUAUUUCAUGUUGGGUGGGAGAGAAGAAGGGAGGGGGGUUGUAAGUCUUUUAGGAUAGGUGUUCAAAGCUGUUCAAUUUGAGAUUCAUUCAUUCUCUUCUUGGCAUUUGUUGGGGUUAAAAAAAUGCAGGUGUAUGGCUUGGAGGCUGAAAUGGAAUUACAGCUACUCUGUUUUUAACCAAGAGAUUUGCUUCAUUCCUGCCAUUUUAAACAAAGUGGAAAGCAGUGAAUCAAAGGAGAACUGUCCUUUGAUUUAGCAACUUUUAUCCUCAGAAAUGUUUUUUUCAGGUGUUCACAAUUCAUCAGGUUGAUAUAUAUUAGAGUGCUAAAGAAUUCAAAACCUCCAGGCUGAAAGAUAAUCUUCAUAGGUGUUAAACACUGUGUGGAUCUCAUGUUCGUACCGUGUGCUGGGCAGAAAGACUUCCAACGCUUCAGGUUUCUGUCACUGAGCUUGUCCUGAAUCUGUGUCUCAGGUUGGUGAACAAAUGUCUGCACUUAAAUGUCAGCAGUGAGGUAACAUAGCGCAGGAAUAGCCUGACUUCUGGUGCCAGUGACAGCCUCUGGGACCUGUAGGGGAAGAGAGAGCUAGAGAUACAGGAAAUCAGGCCUGUGACUACUCACAUCCAUCUUUGUAAUCAAUUAAUACUUUGACAUGUACUCAUUUCCUCAAUUAAUGGCUUGUUGCCAUCCAAUGCUAAAGGAUAAUCAAACUAAGCCAUUCAAAUUGUAUCCUGUUUACCCUCCAUACACAUUAAACAUAAGGACAUCAUCUGGGUUGUCACUUCCUCAACAGGAUACAGGCUCUCUAAACAAGCCUUUUAAACACGCCUCCCAUCUCAAAUAAAUGGAAACGCUGGAGGUCGUCUUUUGCAGUCGUCUUUGAAUCUACCCGAAUAUCGCUGUAACACAACUUUCAUGUUGAGCACCCAUGAACACACACUACAGCCUCUGUCUGGGUUUGCUGCCAGGCAGCCUUUGUUCAGCAUCAUUGACUGUUUAAAAAGAUAGAAGUGUUUCUGCCUCCCGUUGGCUACUGUGUUUGACAAAGAUUUAUCUGACGUGUAUUUUAAUUUUCUAGUUUGACCCAAGGUGGUGAAGGGGGAGAGUUUAUGACCUAACAGCAGCAGGUAAGUAGGGGUCCAAACGUUUUGGCUUCACUUUUGGAAGCUGUCAUGUUGUCCAUCUUUUUAUAAAGUUAUUGUCCAGCUUUAACACACGCACACACUCACACAUAUUCUCUGGAAACUGGCUGCGUUCAGGCCUAGGCACCGAUAGAUGGCGCUUGUAUUUGUAGUGUUCAGAGUUGGGGUUUUAAAACCAGUCUGCUUCUUCUUUGAAGAAUGACUAGAUGUAACCUGCAUACAAUAUAUAUAUAUAUAUAUAUAUCUUUGCUACCACAGGGGAUUCUUUUUUAAUGCCACUCGUACACUAAGAGUGGGUUUUAAAGUUACUUUUUUGAAAACGCUUGAAAACAGUGAUGUUCUUGUGCAUCACCAGGGGCGUGGCGAUAAUGAAUGGUUGUUUUUUUUUAUAAAAUACCAUUAUACAGUCAUAGAGAAAUAAUAAAAAAAAGAACGGCCCUUUCAAAGGGUGUUUUUUUCUGCACUUUAGAUUAAGAGGAAGUUACAGGGAGGUGUGUUCAUUCAAGUCAGCGAUGACGCAUCUUAAUGCUCUAAAAGAUGAAUCAGAACUGGUGCAGAAAGUGUGCAGUGUUUAAUGGUUAAUAAGGGUCUACUUAAGGUCACGUCAAAUCAAAACCAAGCCAACUUCAUGGCAUUCCAGGUCUCAUCCAGCAAAAGACUUGAUUCAUACACACACACACACGUUGGAGGAUGUUUCAGAGAUCUCACUCAGAAUGUUUGUUUAAAAAGUUUUGUACUGAAGCUAAAGACUAUUUUGAAGUUUGCUUUAAUACAGUCAGCAGUGAUUAGACUGUACCACAAAGACACUAUUUCAAUGAUGUCUAUGACAGUGGAAUGGUAUUUUAUAAUGUUGUGUUUUUUGAUGAGAAGCUUUUUACACUGCGUUCAAGUGUUUGCUAUUUUUUGUUCCUACAAAAGUACUAACGUUAACUCUAUCUUUGCUACGUUGGAGAGUCCUUGAAGGUUUUGUACUUCUCAAAACUUUUGUAAUCUUGAUUAAUUUGUAGAUACAUACACCAAUUGAACAAAAUAUAUAUAAUUGAUUGGAUUUCAUUAUUGAUGUAUAAUAACACCGAAUAUGUAAAUACAAAUUUGCAGAUUUUUUGUUGUUGUGUUGUCUUUGCCCUCACCUUUGUCUCUUUCUCUCUCACUCACAUGGUUGCAGCCUGCAGCCUUCUGAUCUGACUGUUGUAAUAUCACUCAGAUUUCAAGGUCUAGAAUAAAAUCUAUUUUGAUAAUA